AAACCCUGAUAAUCAAGGCACCAAAUCGCUGUAUUUGUGAAUAAUUUCGGAGCCAAAAUGCAGAUCUUCGUCAAGACUCUUACCGGGAAGACCAUCACUCUCGAAGUCGAGAGCAGCGACACAAUCGACAAUGUCAAAGCUAAGAUACAGGACAAGGAAGGGAUUCCUCCGGACCAGCAGCGUCUGAUCUUCGCGGGUAAGCAGCUAGAAGAUGGGCGUACCUUGGCGGAUUACAAUAUCCAGAAAGAAUCGACUCUUCAUUUGGUUCUCAGACUUCGAGGUGGGAUUAUCGAGCCUUCUUUGAUGGCUUUAGCUCGAAAAUACAAUCAGGACAAGAUGAUUUGCCGCAAAUGUUAUGCUCGCCUGCAUCCAAGGGCAGUGAAUUGCCGGAAGAAGAAAUGUGGUCACAGCAAUCAGUUGAGGCCUAAGAAGAAGAUCAAGUAGACGCACUUAACUUAUUCCUGUUAUUUUUGCUUAAGGCUUGAAAUUUUGAGUCAGAUGAAUUUGAUUUGUCUUUUAAAGAUUUGAAAGCAUUUGGCAACUGAACCAAGAGAAUCAUUUUGUUGGUAGAUUAUAGUUUUGAUUAUUCUGUUCAAUAUCAGCUGUUUAGAUUUAUGAUGUUUCAGUUGUGGAAUGCUUAACUCUUGGUUUGUCAUAAGAUCACUUUCGCCAUC